AUGGGCAUCGGCCGUCCUCUUCUGAAUGUCAUGGACAUGGCGAAAGUUGUGCGCGAAAAGGAGAUCAAAAAGUUGAACAAGGAAUGGGAGUCUAAACUAUUACGCCGCCAUCUUCGUGACAAACGUCGUCAAGCCACACUCCAAUAUCAGUUGGAGCAAAUGCGCUCUUAUUUGAUGGGGCCUACUGAAGAAAAGAAGCAAGAGAUUAUGCUAGAGAACGGCUUUGUCUUCAAGUACCCUUCAAAGGCAGCCAUUACCAAAGGCACUCUUUGCAAUGUGGUGCAGUGGUUAACAUGUCGAGAGUAUACGCUGCAAUGUCAUGCGGCUAGUAUCGCUGGGGGUAUUGAUAAGACCGAGGCGAGGUAG